GGAAGUCCUUGUUGGACGUCACUUCCGUCGCAUUUCAGGGCGGUACCAAGAUGGACGCUUCGCGGGCCCGGGAGCAGCUCCGGCGGCGAUUCCUGCUUCUGCCGGACGCCGAGGCCCAGCUGGACCGCGAGGGUGAGGCCAGGCCGGAAACCUCUACAGCUGUUGAGAAAAAGGAGAAACCUCUUCCAAGACUUAAUAUCCAUUCUGGAUUCUGGAUUUUGGCAUCCAUUGUUGUGACCUACUAUGCUGACUUCUUUAAAACCCUUAAAGAAAGCUUUCACACUAGCAGCUGGUUUCUCUGUGGCAGUGCCUUGUUGCUUGUUAGCUUAUCAAUUGCGUUUUACUGCAUAGUCUACCUGGAGUGGUAUUGUGGAAUUGGAGAAUAUGAUGUCAGGUAUCCAGCCCUGAUUCCCAUUACUACUGCAGCCUUUAUUGCAGCGGGAAUUUGCUUCAACAUUGCUUUAUGGCACGUGUGGUCAUUUUUCACUCCGUUGUUGUUGUUUACCCAGUUUAUGGGGGUUGUAAUGUUUAUCUCACUCCUUGGAUGAUUUCUGAAGGGACAGGGUCUUCUAUGUUGCCCAGGCUGGCCUUGAACUCCUAGGAUCAAGUGAUCCUCCUGCCUCAGCCUUCGAAGUAGUUGGGACUACAGGCCCAUGCCGCCGUGCCUGACUGUACAUGUAAAUUUGAAGUGAAUGGUUAAACAUCCAGCUAGCUGAAAGCAUGGCAGACCCUAACAGAAAAGCUACACUGUGUUUUUGCAACUAUGAAGUGGUUUCCUGGGAAAGAUUGUGACUUUGUAUAACUGUUAUUGAAACCUGAAUAAAUUAUAUUUCACUUGCAUAUUCUUAAAUUAUUAAAAUUUUCAGAAGUCAGUGAUAUAGAAAUACUAUUUUGUAAUGUUAAUCUGCUUGAAUCUUUGGAGAAGGUGGUUUCAUUAUAGGUGCAUAAUGCACUCUUAAUAUUUUAAAUAAAUUGUUCACUCUUCCAUUUGAGGGAUUUAGACAAGGAUGUCUAAAAUGGCUGAAUGUGUAUAAAGGAAUUAUGUUGUCAUGUGCCUUUAACCAGCUUUGGUAAUUGCUGUAAUCUCAUGUUUAUGAUAGUUUUGUUAGGUGACAGGACCAAAUGAAAGCAUUUUAUGUUUUUUCAUCACUUUAGAUUUUAUCAUUGAGUAAAUUAUUGAGUUUUUAGAAUUUCCUAAUGUGAAGUUUUAAUCAUUUUAAGUAUAUAUAUUUUUUCUGUGCCAUUUAAAUAAAAUAUUUUUGUAACUUU